AUGCUCGCUCAGAUUUUACAUGAUCUAUAUGUUCCACGAGAAUUACUUGAUGGAUUACCUGAAGAACAAAAACAAUUACUUUUUUGUAAAAUGCGUGAAGAACAAGUUCGAAGAUAUCAUGAACGAGAAGAAGAAGAAGAAGAUGAAGAAGCAAUAACAAUAACAUCAAUAGUGAAUACAAAGAAAAAAAAGAAACAUGUUACAUUUCGACUUAAUGAUGAUGGAAAUGAAUGUUGUUGGAUCAUGGGAGAAUCCGAAAUAUCACUGGAAAAUGUUAAUGAACAACUAAAUGACACAAUUAACAAUGAAAAUAUUAUAAACGAUCAUGAAAAUCAUUUAAGACGAAAACAAAUUGAAGAAAUAUCAAAUAAUAUACAAGAAGCACGACGUAUAUUCGAAUGUUUAGAAUCUGAGACACAACGACUUGUUUUGAAUAAAGGAAAUGAAGUCUUACAACAACAGCAGCAGCGAUCUUCUUUGUCUAUACCUAUGCCUCAAAUCGAUACUGUUGAUGAAAUAUUUUAUCGUGAAAUAGAAGAACGUGUAAAAAAAGCGGAUCGAGAAAGACGUGAAACAGCACGACGUGCACGAGACAAUUUUCGUCGAAAUUCAUCCCAAUUCAAUGUUUGUUUUGAUACAGAUAAUCAUACAACAAUAUUUUUUCAACCAUCAUCAUUAAACUCAUCAAAUAAAAUCAAUCAAAAAAGUAAAAAUGAGAGAAAAAUUCCUAUUGAAUUCAUUGGAAAUAAUGUUCCUAUUCCUACAAAUUCAUCAAUCAAUGAUUCAAAAAUAAUAACAAUCGAACAAGAAUCACUUCCACUUACUAUUGUCGAACAUAAUCGAUCUAAACCUUUAUUACCUUUAACACGUCAAGAUAUUCGUCAAUGGUUCUGUAUAAGUGAAAUUCCUUAUGGUACAUUUCGUUCUCCAAAUGGUCAAAUAUAUCCAUGGUUUCAUGGAAUUAUUAGUCGAUCUUAUACAGAACAACUUCUAUGUUCAAAACCAAUUGGUACUUAUUUAAUACGUAUAAAUGAAAAAAUAUUUGGUUAUGCAUUAUCAUAUCGUGCAUCCGAUCAUUGUCGUCAUUUACUUAUUGAAGUUAUUUCAUCACCUCAACACAGUGAUAAUCGAAUACAAAAGCAACCACAACAACAGCAACAUGCUUAUAGAUUUUUAGGUGGUGCUAAGAACGAAUUAUUUUCACAAUUAAGUCAACUUAUUGAAAAAUAUAGUAAUAUUCCAAUACGUUUAAAUUCUACGGAUGUUCUUCGUUAUCCAUGUGGUCAAAUAGAUGCUCAAAAGCCAGAUUAUGCUGAUUUAUUCAUUGAAAAUCUCAAUAACAAACAAUAUGAAUCUGUAUAUAUGUCACUUGGAACAACAAAACCAUUACCUCAAUCGAACACACAUUUAUAG